AAACCGAGAGAUUCGAUGGAUCCCACCCUCUCCCUCUUCCUCCUCGCUGCGGCGGCGCUCGCCGGCGCCGGCGCCGCCGCAGUGGCGGAGCCAGCGCCGUCGAGUUGCGCGGAGGAGAUCGUCGGGAUCUCCGCUUGCCUCCCCCUCGUCGUGGCGGCGACGCCGAUCACCGCCGCCGCCAACGCCACCGCGGCGGCGGCGGCGGCGGAGGCGGCGCCAUCCGACGCGUGCUGCGACGCGUUCCUCCGUGGCCUCGUCGGCGGUGGCGCCGCGUGCCUCUGCCACCUCUUACGGGACCCGCUCCUCCUAGGGUUUCCGAUUAACACCUCCCGCAUCGCCUCGCUCUUCUCCUCCUGCGGAGCUCCGAACCCUAGCGACUCCGCGGACUCGUCGUUCUCCGAGAUGUGCAAUGAAUCCCAGUCGUUGCCACCGUUCCGAAGCAUCACAUGGAAUGAUACAAGCAUACCAAGCCCAGCGAGUUCUGAAGAAACCAUUAAUCCGUCCUCUGCAAAUCUGACCCGACCUGCCCCCGUUCCGAUCUGCCCCCCUGUAGCAUGUCCGAAACCGUCGGAGCCCGACCUCGCACCACAACCACGCCCGGAUGCGUCAGCCCGAUCGCUGCUGGCCAGUGCAAUGUCGCUCAUUUUUGCUGUCCUCGCAUUCUUUAUUUUCGAAGCGAUGAGUCGUGCAGCCGACUAAGUUGGAUUUUCACAUUACGGAGAGGGUGGCGGCGGCGAUGUUGGCAGCGACUUCCGUGACAGUGUUGGCAGCGGAAAGGGUGGCGGCGGCGAUGUCGGUGACAGAGUGGGUAGUGGUGGCUACCUCCGCGGCGAUGCCGGUGGCAGAGAUGCGACUGAGGUUGCAGUGGCCAGCACUUCGGUGAGAUUGGUAGUGGGGAAGGGUUCGUGCGAAUGUGAAUAGAGAAAAAGAGGGAGAGGAAGAGAGAGAGACAUGGAAAUAAAAAUAACGUAUUGAAACGGUUUGGGAUUGGAGGGGUAAAAUUAUAAUUUUCUAUGACAUACAAGAUUAUUUGUCAUUAGUAAUA